UGGUGAGGAUAGUUUAAUUUUUAUUUUUAGUUUAGUUAGCGAUUACUAACUGGACCCACAAAGUAUUGUUUUUAAAUUUAAUGAUUAAAGUCAAAGUGACGCUCUCACAUUUUGACUAAAGAACACAGUUGGUAAAUAAAAUGGCUUCUAAGUUUUCAGAGGAUGAUUUCUCCUGUCCUGUGUGCUGUGAAAUCUACAAGGAUCCUGUUCUUCUGCACUGCAGUCACAGUGUGUGUAAAGUGUGUUUGCAGGAGUGCUGGGUGGCAAAAGGUUCCAGGGAAUGUCCUGUUUGUAGGGGAAAGUCAUCUGAGGAGCAACCUCCUACAAAUCUGGUGUUGAAGAACCUUUGUGAGACUUUCUUACAGGAGAGAAGUCAGAGAUCUUCAUCAGUGUGUAAAACAGUCUGCAGUCUGCACAGUGAGAAACUCAAACUCUUCUGUCUGGACGAUCAGCAGGCUGUUUGUUUGGUGUGUCGGGAUUCAAGAAGGCACACAAACCACAAAUUCUGCCCUAUUGAAGAAGCAGUAACUGACUAUAAGGAGGAGCUCAAAACUGCACUGAAGCCUCUACAGGAUAAACUAAAGAUAUUUAAAGACUGUAAACUGAACUGGAGUCAAACUGCAGAAUAUAUAAAGAUUCAGGCCCAACAUACAGAGUGGCAGAUUAAAAAGGAGUUUGAGAAGCUUCACCAGUUCCUACGAGAUGAAGAGGAAGCCAGGAUCGCUGCACUGAGAGAGGAAGAGGAGCAGAAGAGUCAGAUGAUGAAGGAGAAGAUUGAGAAGCUAAGCAAAGACAUAUCAUCUCUUUCAGACACAAUCAGAGCCAUAGAAGAGGAGAUGAGAGCUGAAGACAUCUCGUUCUUACAAAACUACAAGUCCACAGUGAAAAGAGCCCAGUGUACACUGCAGCAUCUAGAGGAGCUUUCAGGAGCACUGAUCCAUGUGGCAAAACAUCUGGCCAACCUGAAGUUUAGAGUCUGGAAGAAUAUGCAGCACACUGUUCAAUACACACCUGUAACACUGGACCCCAACACUGUUCAUGCUGAACUCAUUGUAUCUGAUGAUCUGACCAGUGUAAGACUUAGUGAUGAGAAACAGAAACUUCCUGAUAAUCCAGAGAGAUUUGAUAAAUGGGAAAGUGUCCUGGGCUCUGAGGGCUUUAACUCAGGCACACACUGCUGGGAUGUUGAAGUUGGAGACUGUACACACUGGUUUGCAGGUGUGAUGAUAGAAUCUGCUAAGAGGAAGGGAGAUGUAUACUCCGCAAAUGGGAUCUGGUGUAUAGGGUAUUGUUCUGAUAAAUAUGGAGCAUGUUCUACACCACAGUCAGUCACUCUCCUCUCAGUAGCACAGAAAUUCCAGAGGAUCAGAGUGAAGCUGGACUGGGACAGAGGAAAGCUAUCAUUCUCCAAUCCUCUCACUAACACACACAUACACACUUUUACACACACUUUUACUGAUAAAUUACUGCCAUUCCUUUAUGUUUUUGCCAAACAAUGUCCUGUAAAGAUCCUCCCACUUGAAUGCUCUGUAAAAGUGAAUCAGAUCAUGUAGAGUUCAUUAAUGAAAUACUGAACAUUAAAAUAUUCAUAUUCUUUAUAAAAGUUUGCUUUUAAAGAAACGUUUAAUUGAGAAUUGUUAAAUAGGUUUCAAUUUAAAGGGAUUUUGAGAGAAAAUAAUGACCUACUCUGUUGAAAUAAAGAAAUAUUAAAUCAAAAUGUGAUAUUAAGGUCAAAUAUCCACAGAGCACUUUUCUUUUCCAUGAAGUUCACAGCUUUA